AUGGGACCGGCACAAGAUCCCUCUUCAUCCGGUUUUCCUUCCCUCGAUCCUAUCAUCAUGGACGACGACAUGGAGUCCACCUUCCGCAGCGCCAACAUGGAUUUCUUGGACCCCACAAAACUCGAGAUGUCCGCUGAAAAUGGUGGUGCUGAAUUUGACGACUUGUUCGCACGGGCGACGACUGCGCGUACGAAUGGCGCCUCGGGGCAUUCGAAGCCAUACCAAGACCAAAACCCCCUGAGACAGCUGCCUGGUUUGGCAGCCGACUCGCCCGCUGAAUCGGCAGACGACUCAAGUCGCAGCUCCUCCUCCGAAUCUCCCCGCAAUCACAUUCGCCAAACCUCGAUCGCUUCCACAAAUUCCGCCGCGCAUAGCGAGAAUCCCUUGACAUCUGCGGGUUACACGGCUGAAGACUGGAUGCGCCCGGAGUUAUCAUCAGUGAAGGAGGAAUCACCGUUCAACAUCGACCCAUCUUUCCCCAUGGACGGCGGAUUCUCGGUAGAUCCCGAUCUGGAGGUCAGCAAUAAGGCUAUGGACGCAGCAUUCGACUUCGAAAGUGCGGCCAGUAGCCCCAGCCCCUUGAAAACAGACAAUGGAUCUCUUCCCAGACCGCAUAAACGAUCAAAAUCCCACCUCUGGAGUCCUUCGAGUAAUCACGCUACAUUGUCACAAGAUGUUGCGCCGCAGGUGAGUCAUUUCGAUGCCUACAGUCAGUUUGGACAGUACUCACACAUACCUCAGGCUCAAGCGCCCGGGUCUCCGUUUUUCGCGUUCGGACUGAACGGUCAAUCGCCAUAUUCCAACGGCAUGCACCAUGAUCUGGAAAGAGCACCGCCGCAAUGGGGUGGACAAUCUCCGUCCUCUAUUUUGGAAGAAAGCUUCGGAGGAAUCAACAUGAAUCACCAAUCGCCUCUGAAUGCCUCGCUCUCUCCAGGAAUGAACUUCGGUACACCUCCGUCAUACCCGGUACCAGUCAACUUCGCUUCAUCUCCCGUUCAACCACAGAUGAACUCCGCAAAUCCACUUCAACCUGUCCUCACAGUACACCCGACUUCUCUGAAAUCGCGUGUUGAAACUCAGAUUCCUAUUCGAUUGACUCUCUCCCCAUUACCGUCAGGGGUCAGGAAACUGCGCCUUCCAUCGCACACAAUUUCGAAGCUCAAGUUCCUUGCGCCUCCCGCCACAGAACCAUCUCAGGAUACGCUACAGUUGUUUACGAGUUUGGUAUGCACAAGCGCCAUGCAGGACCGGGAAAAGAUCAAACGAGCGUUUGCGAGGACGAGAGGGGACCAAUAUCGACCAACCUCGGACGAUGAACGUCCAUUGGAUGGGGGCGACGUGAAGAUUUGCAGUGGAUGUAUACAACGAGAACGCAAACGCGCCUCUCGGAAGAAGCAGCGGAAGCCUGAGGAAGAUGAACUGUUCCAAAAAGACGAAGAGAAGAGGGUUAUUGUUUUCAACACUAGCGAAAUCAAGGAAUGGACAGAGCCAGCAAAGAACGCCAGCGGGGGCUAUGGAGAUGGCCCUGUGCCGCCAGGUUCUAUGCAGGUUGAACUACCUAUGCGUAUUGCUUGCUACUGUCGUCACCAAAACGAGAAGCUCGGUUUCCAAGUCAUCUUUACUGUGAAAGACCACAUGGACAAUGUGGUUGCGCAGGCGAUCACCAACUCCAUCAUGAUCACCGACGACCACAAGACUCAGGCACCAUCUGCACCUGCGCCAACUGGGCCAUCGCCAUCUCUUGCAGAUGGCACCCAAGUACCAGGAGUCAGUGUAUUUGCCUCGGGUCAAAACGAGAAUGGGAAGAGCCCAUUUGCGCCUCAGUCACCAACUGAUUUGCAGGGUCUGCAACAACGCUUUAACUCGCAGUACCAGCUCACACCCAGCUCUUUUGCAGCACAAGGAGCAACUAACGGUGUUCCUGUUACUCACCAAUCCCGAAGCCUGUCUCGAGGCGCGUCACCAUCCGACUUCCAAGGACCGCAAAGCAAGCGACGUAAACACAGCAGCUCUGGAAGACUACCCUCCGAGCUGACAAUGACCCGACUGGAAACGCCACAAUCGUCUGCGGCGGCCAUGAAUGCUGCCCAGCUCGCCGCUGCUCGAGGAUUCGCUUCUCCAUCUGAACAGCCGUUCGUCACACCUUCCUCCAUGUCGGGUCAAUAUGGAAACGGUCCGCCAACCCCGAACCAAAGUAAUGACAACAAUCCAUUCUUCAACCCAACUCCUGCCCAGCGCCAAAGCCUGGAUAAUUUGGCUGGUGGAGCGAUGGGCUCAACGCCCAACUCCGCUCAUCCAAGCCGCCCCGGCACACCAGGUGGAUCGAAUCGCAAUGGUUUCCAAGAUCCUAAUCUUGCUCUUGCGCUUGGUGCAAACACUUCAAGUCAAGUUUGGCCUCCUCUCAAUGCCGCUCCCGCCAGGCUACCAUCAGUCAUCCACAAACUGGUUCCUUCCGAAGGCUCCAUCACCGGUGGCACUGAGGUCACCCUGUUGGGAAGUGGAUUCUACCCUGGUAUGGAGGUUGUGUUCGGUGACACGCUUGCAACCACGACUACGUUCUGGGGUGACAAGUGCCUCAAUUGCCUGACCCCUCCUGCUCUCCAGCCGGGGUUGGUCUCUGUCGUGUUCAAGCAUGAGCACCCUAUCUUCGGCCAAGUCCAACAGCAUCAGACCCUGAUGCCAAAACAGCAGCUCUUCUUCCGUUACGUCGAUGACCGCGAACUUCAAAUGUACCGCUUAGCAUUGAACAUUCUUGGUCAAAAACUUGGAAGCCAAGCGGAUGCAUUCCAAACCGCACGACAGAUCAUGGGAAGUGACCCGAACGCCUUCUUCAACAUGCAGGCGGAUAUGCAGGGCAACUCUUCUGGGGGCCAGCAACGUCAAGUACCGGGUCUUGAAAACACCGGCAAACUCAGUGAUAUGGACUCCAAAAUGCUUACGUAUUUGGAAUUCCUUGACCUAGAUGACAGCCCUCGUCCUCCUCGUUACAACUGCCGCAGCACAACAGGUCAAAGUCUGCUUCACUUCGCGGCCUCUCUGGGGCUCACGAGAUUCGUCGCGGGUCUGCUGGCUCGGGGUGCUAACCCCGACGUGCAAGACAACGUCGGCAAUUCGCCAAUGCACUUGGCCGCACUCAACGGCCAUGCUCACAUUGUCCAUCGACUUCGUCUCACGGGUGCCAACGCCAAUGCCCGCAGUGUGCGAGGAUUUACCCCUGCGGACUUGGCGACAACGCUCCCAGCACACCAAGCUGCUUUGCUUCCCGCCCGCACCUACAGAUCUCGCAGCGUUGGAUCUCUCACCUCGCGCCGUCGGCAGAGCAGCUCGGCUUCGCUCAGCUCCAUGUGGGAGGUCUCAUCAGCAUCGGGCUCUCUUGGUCACACCGCUGGCGAGUCGGAGGAAGUGGACUCUGAAGAUGAGACAACUGAUGACUCGGACCCCGAGCCCCUUCAGUUCAGCUCCUCUCGUCGCUCAAGCAUGCACCAGGACAUCAGCCCGCCUAUCGCCGAUACCAGCGAGCAAAAUGUCGCCCCUGGUGACCCUCCGGCACCUCUUAUCGUUUGGCGUGAUCAGCUGGCUGUUCAAAUUACUCAAUUCCAGCAGAGUGGACAAGGCAUGAUGCGUCGCAUCACCAACCUCGUACCCAACCGGCCAGCUGCUGGAGACGGCUGGUGGGAUUAUCUCAAGGGUACCACAUCCCCCAACCCCAACCAACCACCCUCUUAUGACGAGCUCUUCCCUCACCCUGAUCCCACCGCCGAGGAGUCAGACAUCAAGAAGUCGACCAUUCUGCGUGCCGCAACAGAAGCAGCUAUAGAUCAGCACUUUGAAGCAGAGAACAGUGCAGCUGCCGCUUCCGCUUCGACAUCUCGACCCACACCGGCUGCUGUCACUCAAGUUAAAGAAGAACUGAAAGACAUUACAAUUGGCCGCAAGGUCAUCUCACACGAGCAGCAAACACAUCUCCGGGAACAACAGGCUCAACGAAUGAAGGGUCUACGCAGCGACCGAAAUCUAUACUUUGUCUGGGUAAGUCAUAAAUCCUACUACACCAUAAUCUUCAUGUCCACUAACAUUUCACAGAUCCCUCUUCUUCUUCUGGUUAUUUGCGCAUGGGUUCGAAACUACGUUCCCGGAAUCUGGCAAGGCGUCACGGACACUUUUGAAUUUGUGAAAGCUCGCUCUUCACAGCAGGCUGUGGAAUUGGGCAUUUAG